GGCGGCAAUCUAACCUCGGGCUGAUCGCUUCGAAGCGCAGGUUCAUAACUUUCCCUCACUCGCUCUCCUCCUCCUCCACCCCGCUUUCCUUUUCCCUCGUCCCCCCUCCGCCCCCAGCUGCCUCACUUCUCCCCGAUCCCUUCAAUCUAGUUGCCGACGCGCGCAUCUGCCACCCGAAGCCACUGCAUAUGGCCGCUCCGACACAGGAACUUCCGCCCUGGCUAUCGUACACGACUAUCACACUCCCCCGAACCACGCAGACGAGUCUCGUGGUCGAGCCGCUCACGUACUUUGGGCCGAGCAUACCGUUAGGGAGCGGUUGGGUGUUUGGGGGAUCGACGCGGCCUGACACACAGCGGACGAGCCGGACAGACACGGUGGCAUCGGCGACGCCCACAUCGGCAUCUACACCGGCUACGACUACCGCGAGAUCUACGUCCGCGUCUCUUCCCGGAGGAGCAUCCUCGCGAUCGGCCUCCCGUGCGCCUGCUUCAGCCUCGUCCGCGACCCGGACUUCAUCUACCCCUGCUUCAUCGUCCUCUAAAAUUUUUGCUUCAUCGUCCACCACUUUGGCUUCGAGAUCUGCUCUGUCUUCUGCCUCGUCCGUCGCGGGCGCACCGUCGCGUUCGGCAUCCGCGGUCCCUAUCUCCUCGUACUCCUCCCACUCUACUCUCACACGGGGCGAACUCGCGGCAAUCAUCAUAUGCUCAAUCCUUGGUGCUGUCUUCGUCCUAUUUGUGCUUUUCUUCCUCUUUCGCCGGCAGAGAGUGCGCGGAGGUGAUCCUGAUGCGCCUACACGAAGACGUAUAAAGUUUGCGUCGCUUCUCCCGGCGAACGUUCGGAGGCUGUCUGGAACACGUUUUACCAUGGUCACGCCAGCCGUGGAUGGCGCCUCGGUGCAAGACUUCGACGCGGACUGGCUGGUCGUGCGGUCCCCGGGACAGGGGCAGCCGGGACACGGCGCGACCGAAGCCGAUCCGUUCCUCACGCGCCGUGACGUGCAAGCGGUGGAACAGCCGACUGCUGCCGUUGGGCUCGACGAAAAGCUCCAUACCACGAGCAACUCGUCCCGGGUAACCGAGUCGUCCGGGACGAAUCUCUCCGGGUACGGUGUUUUGCUGGACCGGCCGGCGCAGGGGAGCCAACCUUGGCAAAAGGGUGGCGCAAGUCUUCCGCUGGGGGCGGCGUUCGCUGCCCACGGAAAUGGACAUGGACAUAGCCACGGCUAUGGUGCCCCAGUGCCCGGUCGCCGGAUCCUAUCCCCGGCCCAAGUCGCCAGUCUGGUCGAAGAAAAGGAUUCGUUGUCGAUCGUCACCGAGGGAAGCGAGCAGGAAGAAAGUCACGUUGCCGUUGCCACCAGAGUCCCUGUUGCCUCCAAAGACAAAGAACAUCGGCGGUCGUGGCUCUCUCGCUUCUCCUGGACCAACCGUGAAACCAAGGCCGCAGACGAAGAAAGCGGAGUGCUGUUGUUCGAUGCUGGCCGACAUACCCCCUCCAACUCAAUUUCAUCGCCGAUGCGCGAGGUGUCGUCCACCUCGGUUUCCGCCGCGGGUGCGUCAUCCAAUCCGCGCAGGUCAAGCCAGCAAAGUGGGGAGACGGUCUACGAGGACGCGCUCGAGUACCUGCCCACAACCACCGAUCCUUUGGAUGUGCCGGCUCCCGCUGCGGUGGUCCCCGUGUUUGGCAGUCGGCUUGGACUAAAUUCCCCUCGAGGCACUGGGGCGGCUACCCCCGGAAUCUCCCCUCGGCCCGCGUCAGGCGCGUUGAAUCUGGAUAUCGACGAUGUGCCUCCUGUGGCAGAAGGCGGCUGGCAGGCUCUCGGUGGCGGUGGUGCCAACGUUGGAAGGCGAGGGACCUUUGGCGGGGGCGCGUCAGCCAUGGCACCCCACAGAUCAGACUCGCUCUCCUCUGGUUCGCGGUCAGGCCAUAGCCACAUGACCUCGGCGCACUCGCAGGAAUCCUCCGCGGGUUCCGCCCGGAUGCAUGCUCUGCAACCUUCACGGUCGGUGGAGGGCCCCGCCAGCCCGACUUUGAGUGCAUUUGGACAUCGAGCGAGGAAUGCCGACCAAUCGGGGUCGAGCGGCUCGCGGCGCCAGGAGUCGUUGAGGUUUGGCGAGCGGACUGCCAGCCCGUUCCCGCGAUCCCGCAGCCCGACACAUGCGAUCUUCUCGAACUCGUCCUGGGCAGCGGGUUUCGACCAAGACUGGCGUGCGGCAUGAUGGGACAUUGUGCACAAUAUCUAUCAUCGCGUUUGGACGAUCUGAUUCAUUUUAUACCAUCUACUCUUAGAGGCUGCCUGGUACCUGGCUUCUCACGACUGUCUUGCAUACAUAUCUUAUGUGUAUCCUUAUCCUCACAUGAUGUAUUUACGUUCUUACGAUCACUCACGACCCCCAAUGCGAUACCUCUUACGAU